AUGUCGCUCCACGCGCCUAAUGGGGACGAGGCGGGUUCAAGGAAAUGCGAUGCCGAACGAUCCGCCGUCGACGCCUCCCCCCCCGCCCCCUCGCGAUCACUCCCUUUCACCGUCUCCAUCCCUCCCUUUCCCCACGCUAACACUCCCCUACCGUGUCACGUUCACUUCCCCACUCCUCCCAACCACUCCCCUUCCACGUCGCGCUCAUCCCCUUUUCAAGGGCUAUCAAUGCCCCGCCCCAUCGAUAACUCCCCCUUCCCCCACUGCAAGCACUCCCCUCCCCUGUCCCUAUCACUCCCCUGCCCCCCACGCGACCAUUCCCCAUCCCCCCACGCCCCUUCGUCGUCGCACUCUCUUCUUUUCCUCCUCCACGUGAGUGCCGCCCUCCCCUUCCCCUCCGCAAGCACUACCCCGCUCCUUCGCUAUCUCUUCCUUCCCCCCUCGAUAGCUCCCCCCGCCCCCGCCGCUAGCCCUCUCCUCCCCCACUGCUAUCACUCCCCUUCCACGUCGCCCUCUCUCCCCUCCCCCCUCCACACUCUUCCCCCCCCCCCCCCCCCCCAACCUCACGCCUUCCCCUUCCCCUUCGCAGGCACGAUGCUUGCUCCUGAGCUAUCUCUCCCUUGCAUCACUGCUAGCCAUCUCCUUCCCCACUACUAUCACUCCCCGUCCCAAACACUACCCUUCCCCCUCGCGGCCAUUCCCCUUCCCCCAUCAAUAUCACUGCACUUCACCGUCGCAUUCUCACCCGCUCCCCCUCCACACUCGUGCCACCCCUCCCCACCCCAAUCUCCCGCCCUCCCCUUCCCCUUCGCCAUCUCCUCCUUUCCCCCUCGCUAG